ACUAUAUAGAAACCAGGAGAGCUCAGGGGAGCUGCAGGAACCUUUCCUUUCUCUCUCAUCGCUUUCUCUCUCUAGUAGCUUCCCCCUUCGAUAGCAAUGGCGCUUAGGGUGCGGCACCCUAACCUUCUCUCCCUCGUUCUUCUCUCCCUCUUGGCCUUCGCUUCCGCCAAGGUCUUCUUCGAAGAACGCUUCGAUGAUGGGUGGGAGAGCCGUUGGGUUAAAUCUGAUUGGAAGAGAGAUGAGAACUUGGCCGGGGAGUGGAACUACACAUCUGGUCAAUGGAAUGGAGAUGCUGAUGACAAAGGUAUUCAAACAAGCGAGGACUACAGAUUCUAUGCUAUUUCUGCUGAGUUCCCUGAAUUCAGCAAUAAAGAUAAGACCCUAGUCUUCCAAUUUUCUGUCAAGCAUGAACAGAAGCUUGACUGUGGUGGUGGUUACAUGAAGUUGCUUAGCGGUGAUGUUGAUCAAAAGAAAUUUGGUGGGGAAACUCCUUACAGUAUCAUGUUUGGACCAGACAUCUGUGGCUACAGUACCAAGAAAGUACAUGCUAUUUUGACCUACAAUGACACAAACCACUUGAUAAAGAAGGAAGUUCCAUGCGAGACUGACCAACUAACUCACGUGUAUACAUUUAUCCUCCGUCCAGAUGCAACCUACAGCAUCCUGAUUGAUAAUGUGGAGAAGCAAGUUGGCAGUCUCUACACUGAUUGGGAUCUUCUCCCUCCAAAGAAAAUCAAGGAUCCUGAGGCCAAAAAGCCCGAAGACUGGGAUGAUAAAGAGUACAUUCCUGAUCCCGAGGAUAAGAAGCCAGAGGGGUAUGAUGACAUCCCAAAGGAGAUCCCAGAUCCUGAUGCCAAGAAGCCCGAAGAUUGGGAUGAUGAAGAAGAUGGUGAGUGGACAGCACCUACCAUUGCCAACCCUGAGUACAAGGGCCCAUGGAAAGCAAAGAAAAUUAAGAACCCCAACUACAAAGGAAAGUGGAAGGCACCUAUGAUUGACAACCCUGAUUUCAAGGAUGACCCCGACCUCUAUGUUUUCCCCAAGUUGAAGUAUGUGGGCAUUGAACUGUGGCAGGUCAAAUCUGGAACCUUGUUUGACAAUGUCUUGCUUACUGAUGAUCCUGAAUACGCUAAGCAACUGGCUGAAGAAACAUGGGGCAAGCAAAAGGAUGCUGAGAAGGCAGCAUUUGAGGAGGCUGAGAAGAAGAAAGCAGAGGAGGAAUCAAAGGAUGAUCCUGCUGACUCUGAUGCCGAGGAAGACGAGGAAGAUUCUGAAGCUAGCCAUGAGUCUGAUUCCGAAUCAAAAGAAUCUGGGGAAGACAACGAAGAGGACAAACAUGAUGAGCUCUGAAUGCGGAGUGAAUGAAAACUAUAUUCCGGAGAUAGGCUUUACGCGCGGCAUAAUUUCCCGUUUCCUCUUUUUUCUAUAUAUGAUUUUUAGUCGUAGGAUUUUUCUCCUAGAUAAGCAAUCCGUUGAAAAUUGCAGUCACCAACCUUGAGGUUUUGCUUCUAUUUCAGCUGGAUUAGAACAGGAAAUGGUGUCUUUGGAAUUGAUCGUUUUUAUGGUUGUCAAAUUAGCUGGUAAUGUGAUCCUCAAUCUUAGUAGAACUUGUGAAUGCAUUUUAUUUUUGUUGCAA